AUGGCGUCUACAAGUAAAGCACCGCAGCAAAGCAGAAAUUUACCUUGGGUGGAAAAAUACAGACCACAAACACUUGAUGAGUUAAUCUCUCACAAAGAUAUUCUAAGCACCAUCCAGAGGUUUAUCAGCGAGGACAAGCUUCCCCACCUGUUGUUUUACGGCCCCCCUGGAACAGGAAAAACCUCUGCGAUCCUGGCUUGUGCCAGGCAGCUGUACAAGGACAAGGAGUUCAACUCCAUGGUGUUGGAGCUAAACGCGUCAGAUGACAGAGGUAUCGAUGUCGUACGAGGUCCAAUUCUGAGUUUUGCCAGCACCAGGACCAUUUUCAAGAAGGGCUUCAAACUGGUGAUUCUAGAUGAGGCUGAUGCCAUGACCCAGGAUGCCCAGAAUGCAUUGCGGCGAGUGAUUGAGAAGUUCACAGAAAACACUCGAUUCUGCCUCAUCUGCAACUACUUGUCCAAGAUCAUCCCGGCGCUGCAGUCGCGCUGCACCAGGUUCCGCUUCGGCCCGCUGUCUCCGGACCAGAUGAUACCUCGACUGGAGCACGUUAUCCAUCAGGAGAACAUUGACAUGACUCCAGAUGGAAUGAAGGCUGUCGUCACGUUAUCUUCAGGCGACAUGAGAAGAUCGCUCAACAUUUUGCAGAGCACCAGUAUGGCGUACGGGAAGGUCACAGAGAACACGGUGUACACCUGCACCGGACAGCCCCUCCGCUCAGACAUCGCCAACAUCCUCGACUGGUGCCUCAACAAAGACUUUAACACAGCUUACAGACAAAUCCUUCACCUGAAGACGUUGAAAGGUUUGGCUCUGCAUGAUAUUCUCACCGAGGUGCACCUGCUCAUCCACAGAGUGGACUUUCCUUCGGCCGUUCGGAUCACUCUUCUCAUCAAGUUAGCCGACAUAGAACAUCGACUUUCAUCCGGGACAAAUGAGAAGAUCCAGCUGAGCUCCAUGGUUGCAGCUUUCCAGGCAGUGAGGGACCUGGUGGUCAGUGAAGCUUCUUAG